AUGAAGACUUUAGUGGUGUGGACAGCAAUCAGUGUGUGUGUGCACAUUGCGGUGACGGCCUGCUCAGUGAAAAGGCAGGGCAGUAACCCUGGGCGGUUUGCCAAUGCCACUUUAGUGCGCCUGUCUGAGUAUUUAAGUGCCGGAUAUAAAAAAGGAGUGCGACCUGUAAAAGACUGGCGAGACUCAACCAUGGUGGCCAUCGACUUAAUGGUCUAUUCAAUCCUGAAUGUGGAUGAGAAGAACCAGGUUUUGACAACGUACGUGUGGUACAGGCAGCAAUGGAUUGAUGAAUUCCUCGUGUGGAAUCCAGAGGAUUUUGAUGAUGUCCGGCAGAUCUCGGUACCUUCCGCAAAUAUCUGGGUACCUGAUAUUCUCAUCAAUGAGUUUGUAGAUGUUGGAAAGUCUCCAGACAUCCCAUAUGUGUAUGUAAACAAUGAGGGACUCGUGCAGAACUACAAGCCCAUUCAGGUGGUAACAGCCUGCUCUCUCAACAUCUACAAUUUCCCCUUUGAUGUCCAGAAAUGCAGCCUGACUUUCCAGAGCUGGCUACACACUAUUAAUGACAUCAACAUCACGAUAAUGAGGAGCCCGCAGGAAGUGAAAGAGGACAAGUCUGUGUUCAUGAACCAGGGAGAGUGGGAGCUGCUGCAUGUCCUGUCCAAAUACAAGUCCUUCAGUGUGGACAACGAUGACUACUAUGCUGAAAUGAAGUUCCACGUGGUGAUUCGGCGCAGACCGCUGUUCUACACCGUCAAUCUACUUCUCCCUAGCAUAUUCCUGAUGGUGAUGGAUAUAGUGGGCUUCUACCUUCCCCCCGACAGUGGAGAGAGAGUAUCCUUCAAGAUCACUCUGCUGCUGGGAUACUCCGUCUUCCUCAUCAUUGUCUCUGACACGCUGCCAGCCACCGCCAUUGGCACCCCUCUUAUUGGUGUGUACUUCAUUGUGUGUAUGGCCCUGCUGGUGAUCAGCCUCACGGAGACGGUGCUGAUUGUGAGGCUGGUGCAUAAGCAGGAUCUGCAGACUCAUGUGCCACAGUGGGUCAAGUACCUGGUGCUGGAGAAGGCCACCGUGCUACUCUGCAUCCGCAACAAGAAGUUUUGUUCCCUGCUGGUACAUGAGUCCGACCUUCCACGCUUCAGAGAGAACAACAUGAAUACAGCUGUGCGCUGUAACCACCACCACUGUGACAACUCCAGAGACAUGGACAGGAAUCUCAUUAUGGGACUUCCCAUUCGGGAUAGCACUCCUCCGGUCAUGGACAACAUCCUACAUGAAGUUUCAUCCAUCCGACAGUACCUGGAAAAGAGACAGGCUUGUCGAGACAUUGCAAAGGAGUGGCUGCAGGUAGGCUAUGUGCUGGACGUGCUGCUCUUCAGGGUCUACCUGCUGGCCAUGCUGGCCUACACCAUCACUCUGGGCACACUCUGGUCCGUCUGGCAGUACGCCUGAGAGAGCAGAGAAACGUUUCCUUAUGCUGUAUCUCUUAUUAAAAGCAGUUGCUGUGUGUUAACAGUUAACACAUUUGUGGAGAAUUGACAUACACUCUA